AUGGUGGUUUCAUACUUUGGCAUUUCGUCUCUCAAUUCUUGCAUUUCAUCUCUCAAUUCUUGUUUUCUCUCCCUGCCUUGUCUUCCUCGGCUUUGCUUCACUAGACGCAAACCAUUUGCAGUGAUAACCCUGUACUGCAAUGACCUUGACACCUUGUUAUGGGUUUCUUUGAUGCCUAUGGUAACUGUUGUGAAGUUGUUUGGUUAUCUACCAGUUGCAACAAUGAGCGAUGAUCCAAUCAGUGAUUGGAUUUUGUCAGAAGGAAAUGCAACCAAGAUUAUGCGGAUUAGUCCCAUUGGUGGUGGUUGUAUCAACAAUGCAAGGCGUUAUGACACUGAUGCUGGUUCUUUCUUUGUAAAAACAAACAGGGGUAUUGGACCAUCCAUGUUUGAGGGAGAGGCCCUUGGCCUGGGUGCUAUGUAUGAAACCAGAACAAUCCGGGUGCCUAUGCCAUUUAAGUUUGGACCCCUACCAACUGGUGGAUCAUACAUCAUUAUGGAGUUUAUUGAAUUUGGGUCAUCUAGAGGCAAUCAGUCCGUUCUAGGGAGAAAGCUAGCUGAAAUGCAUAAAGCUGGGAAAUCUGAAAAAGGCUUUGGCUUUGAUGUUGAUAAUACCAUUGGCAGUACUCCACAGAUAAACACUUGGACGUCAGACUGGCUAGAGUUUUACGGAAAGCACAGAUUGGGUUACCAACUUAAGUUGGCACUAGAUCAGUAUGGAGAUUCAACCAUAUACCAAAAAGGACAACGAUUGGUAAAGAACAUGGCACCUCUCUUUAAAAACCUUGUCAUAGAACCAUGUUUACUCCAUGGAGACUUGUGGAGUGGGAAUAUCAUCUCUGACAAGAAUGGCGAGCCUGUUAUACUAGACCCAGCAUGUUAUUAUGGACACAACGAAGCAGAAUUUGGAAUGUCAUGGUGUGCUGGUUUUGGAGGAUCAUUUUACAAUGCUUAUUUUGAGGUGAUGCCCAAACAACCAGGCUUUGAGAAGAGGAGAGAGAUCUAUUUGCUGUAUCACUACCUAAAUCAUUACAAUCUCUUUGGUUCUAGUUACCGUUCAUCGGCAAUGUCAAUAAUAGAUGACUAUCUGCUGAUGUUGGGAGUGUAG